AUGGCGCUAGCUGCCAAAACUGCUAGGUUAGCUCUAGGAAGAACCAUAAUUGAUGCGCAAUACCUGGCGGACAGUGUGCUUUUCAUGAAUAGUAAGUAUGAGAUAAAUAGCUCUAAAAUAUCUCUUCAUUUCAAUUUGGAGUUAGUUUUGUACUACGAAGUACUCUAUAAUUCAGUGCUAUAGAGAUUAUGCAGGCUGUUGUAGAGGCACGUGCAUGUAGCUAGGGCUGACUGGUUUGCCAGCUACCUUGUGUUUGCUUUCUUUAAUUUUUUACAGGUGAAAUUAUAGCAAUAAACAAACCAUAUGGACUGCCAGUACAUUGUAAGUGGACAUAACGCUUUCAUAGUUCUUAACUUUAACUCCCAGAAGUGACUAGCAUGUAACUUCUCCACAUAAAAUCUAUACAUUAUCCAGCAAACAGCUAAUUAGAGUACUUCAAAUUAUCACGAAGAAGUUUUUGUCUUUAUCUAACACCAAAUUCUUGUAGCGUUUUUUACAAGGAAAUGUGCAGCAGCCAGAGGAGAGAACAAUCACAUCUUGAGAGUUUAUGGGCUAAUGACUUAAUUACGAUGUAUAUCGCUUGUGUGUCAAAAAAUCUUUGUGCAGAACGCAUUUUUUUGAUUUGCUGUUAUUUUUCAUGAGACUAUAUGCAUUUAUAGCAGCAGUUGACUUCAAAUUUGAAGUGGCGAAUCUCCUUUAACCCCCCACCCCCCUCCCCUCUUCUCCUCCCUCAUGGUCAUGGGAAAGGGUCACAUAAAGGGAACUACAAAUACUUCAAGCUUUUUUAGGUAUUUCACUAGUUAAAAAUCCUUUUUCUUUUCUUUACUUCGUUGUUUUGAAGCUGGUCCUGGUGUUAAGAUGUGUGUGAUGAAUAUGCUUGAUGAAUUUACAGAAAUAAAAAAGUUGAAGGAAAGACCAGAGCUUGCACAUCGAAUUGAUAAGUGUGUAACUAUAUGCAGUUUGCUUACUUUGAUGAUAUUGUAUCUGUUUAGUUUUCCAAGGUUCAGGUAACUCUUAUCAACCCUUUAACUCCCUCAAGUGAUUAACAUGUAACUUCUCCUUAUAAUACCCGCACAUUAUCUAGCUAACAUGUCAUGAGAAUACUCAAACUUAUCAAGUAGAAGUUGGUAGUCUUGAUCUAACACAAAAUUCUUGCAAUUUGUUUACAAGGAAAUAUGUAAUAGCCAGAGGGGAGAAUUAAAAAUCAGAUCUUGGGAGUUAAAGGGUUAAGUAAUAGCUGAUAAAGUUUGUAUAUUACAAUGGGAGAGAACCCUAUAUGGUGGCCAGUUUGAAAUUUUAACUCAAUUGAUUAAACUAAUUGAUUUGGUUGAAUGCUCUCUUGGCCAAAUUAUAAUUGUUCCAAUCCACAGUGGUCCCACUGAGGGCAACCAAAGACAAAAGAUGCAUCCAUUCAUGAGUUGUAAGGCUAACUCUGCCAAUCCAAAAAUCCCGUUUCAUUUCUUUGAAGAAUUUAGUUAUCCCUAACACAGUAUUUCUUCUACCUGUAAAGAAUAAUUUAAAUUUGAAACUAGAAAUAACAAGAUUUUGACAUAAAAUCAAAUAGCUCUUAUGCCAGUCUCCAUGAGCCAUUUUCACCUUGAAGCCUUUCUUUUAAGCUGACAACUGAUGAAUUUUUAUAAGAACUUAUUUCUAAAGCAAUAAGAUCAAAAUGAUAUUCCCUUGAAAACAACAUAAGGAUAGGAAAGACUUAGGGAAAAUGUAGCUCGAACAAGGUUUGAGGAUGAAGUGUGAGCAAUUUACAUAAUCAUCAAUUCAAGUACACUGAUAGGUACAUAUGAUUACUUAAUUACAGGGAUUGCAGUGGAAUUCUGUUACUUACCAGGUACUCAUUGUUGCUUAUGUUUUUAGAGUGUCAAUUGUAUUAAAAAAAAAAGAGAAAAAAAAAGUAGCGCUUCUGAGAUAUGACAUGCUUAUACACAAUCUUGGGAUCUUAAUGGGUUAAAAAAAUAUAUAUAAAUUGCCCUUAUUUUUAACAUUUUGCUAUACAUAAUUUUUGUUAGUUUUUUUUUUCUUCUUCUACACUGAAUGAUACUGAAAAUCCCAAUCAAGGGCAACACACUUGACAUAUUUAUAGCAAAUGAUUUGUGUACUCUAGAUCAAGAACUGCAGCUACUAAAGUUGCAGAAAUGUUCUCAGACAAAACCAUUGGUAAACAAUACUGGGCAGUGACUGUUGGAGUUCCGACAUUUGAAGAAGGAGAAAUUAACAUUCCUAUUGGGGAAGCUAAACUUGCUGGAGGAUAUCGAAUUGCCACCAAACAAGACCUGAUUGGAAAGUCUUCUGAAGUAAGGCAAAAAUUAAAAGAUAAAUAAAUAAAUUAGUUGAUCAAAGACAGAUUAUUUCUGUGCUUUGACUCAAAGAGCUUAAAACAACUCAGCAUGUCUUUUGCACUUUUUAAGGACAAUCCUAGUAGCAGAUGUUCAUGGCUUAAGUCUAAGAACUUGUACCAAUGGGAGAAACCAUAUAACUCAAGAGAAUAACCUUUUCAAAGUUAUACCUUGUCUUAAGAGAAGUUCUUCAGAAUUGAGAAGACUGAAUACUGAAGAAUACUGUUGGUAGUAGCAAUGAAGUUCAGGUUUUCAUUCUACAAUUUUAGUAUAAACUAUUUAUUUAUGUAUUUUUUUAUUUAGAUAUUAAGAGCUGCUGGCUUUAAACAUGCAAAGACUAAAUUCAAAAUCUUGGAUGCAAAUCAGACUACAUGUGCUCUUUUACAAGUGGAACCAAUCACAGGAUUAAAGCAGCAAAUUAGAGUUCAUACAGCAGAAGGACUGAAAUGUCCAAUAUUGGGAGAUCAUAAGUUCUCUUCUGACAUUCGACAACCACAGGUAUACUAAGUUCAAUUAUGAGUGGGUAGGGGGAGGCAGAUACUAUUUUACUUAGAGAGGUUUGUGCCAUAGCACUGAGGUAUAUAUGAAGUUUGGAUUUUGAGUGGUUAAAAGGCUAUGCAGUUUCAUUUGUUAGCAUCUUGAAUGAAGUAUCUGUCCAGACCAGAAACACUGAAAAGUUGCAGCAGUCCACCAACCUUUCUUGAUCACCCUCCCUCCCUACGCUGUGGGAAACUGUGGUAGGGCAUUAUUACCAGUCAAGGGGAGUUACCAUUCUUGUCAUAUUCAAUACUACUGUAAAAUGAAUAGCUUAUGGUAUAAAUUUGGCAAGAUGGCAUAAUUAUGUUUAGUAGCAAGGCAAACAGGUAGUCCCAUUGUUUAACAAUCAUCAUCCUUUUUUUCUCAAAGGUUUUACCUCUGCGUUUACUACAACUUCUUCAAAUUCAAGGUGUAAAGAAUAAGGAAAACCCCACAGCAAAAGGAAAAAUUAGACAAUGGCAAAGAGCACUGAUUCCUCUUCACCUACAUGCAAGACAAUUAACUUUACCCAACUUUUACAAAGGAAGAAAUAUCAUAAUAAAAGCUCCUCUGCCUGACUAUUUUGCAGAAACUCUACACAAAUUGAAACUUCAUCCAAAGAGAAAAAAUAUGGUGCAGGCUGAGGAUAUAACAGAGUAUAACAGACUGAAGCAGCUUGGAAAGUCAACAAAAAAAAUUGUUGGAUUUUGAAGAAAACUGAUAAGAGGAACCUAGGAAUGAAUAAAGCAGCAGUUUGAAGGAGAUUCUGUUCCAUCUUAUCCAUGAUGCCUGCUUUUCCAUGUGCAACAUCCCCAAAACAUUUGCAGAAAACUUUUCACAAUCAAGGCAUUUUUAAACCAUUCCCAAUUGAAUUAAAAUUAAAGGAUUCCCUCUCCUUCACCCCUUGAGAAGGGAGUGGCCUUUUAAGAUAAAGCAGGUUAUUUAAAUUGAAACUGACAUGUGGUUAAUAUAUUAAGUCUCUUUGACUCAUUUAUAAUUGUCCAAAAAAUGAGAUAAAUUUCUCACAGUUUUUCACUUAAGUCAAACCUAUGCCACAUUGCUACAGACGUACACAAUAAAUGUUAAUGCUAUAUUUAUUUUCCAUACGAAAAGUCUUAUUAGUACCACCUUGAAAAGAGGUUCUAUCAGAAUAUAUGGCUGGAUGACAUGGCUGGAAGCUGGUAUAAACUAAUUGAUAUCAAAGUAAAAUGGAAAACUGCUCCUAAGAAAUUACAGUAGUAGAAAGGAAUUACAGUUUGCUAAUAUAUGUUACCAAGAACUGCAGUGGGUUGACCGGCAGAGUGCCAUUUCCAGCUCUAAGAAUAACCAGAG